GUCCUCAUCAAGUCGUUUUCGCCCGUUACGUACGAAUCCCACGCUUCGGCUGGAACUGUCGCUGUACAAAGUCAAUAGAAAAGCCAAGUUACCAAGAGCAGAGUGGACAUGAGGUCUGGCCAUUCUCAACAUUCUGCAAGGUCGAAGUAUCAGGGGUCUCUGGGGUAAACGUAAGGCCAUUUUUGUGGAUACGGUGAGCACCAUUGGAAAAACCCCCAAUGACCCGUCUUCUCUCCCUCUACUUUCUUUUCAUGAAGUUUCAUUCAUCUUUUCCUUUACCUUCGGGUUUUUCUUACAAUGGCGCAAAUCGAAGAAGUUGAUGUCGAGAAGAAGGGAGGCGAGAUUCGCGCGACACCGGAUGAUUCGACCGAUCGCGAUGGCAACCCAGGACCUUCCGAGACCAAAACGGACGGUGGUGCUGAAGGUUGGAGAUCUGGGUUUCGCGGAUUCAAAAUGAGGGAUCUUUGGAAGUUUGAAGCCCGUGGUAUCCUGCGCGUUCGCGACGACGAGAAAAAUGUCAUUCGACCUGUCCAUGAUUUCAUCCACAUGUUUUCGCUCUGGUUCAGUAUCAACCUGCAGGCUGUCAACAUCAUUGUUGGUCUUCUUGGUCCGUUGGCUUAUGGGCUCGGCUGGGUGGAUUGUGUUCUCAUUGUCAUAUUUGCGAACGGACUGGCCUCGGUUGGUGUUGCUUAUGUCGCUACCUUUGGACCAGAAAGUGGGAAUAGGACUAUGGUGAUUGGCAGGUACUUCAUGGGGUACUGGCCUGCAAAACUUAUGGCUGCUUGUAACGUGGUUCAACAAGUCGGUUUUGGUACGAUCGGGUGUAUCCUUACUGGACAGAUGAUUACAGCUGUCAAUGGAGGGGGGUUGAGCUUGGCAGUUGGAUGCGUGAUUGCUGCUCUCUGUAUUGGAAUAGUCGCUACUUUCGGCAUCGACUAUUUGAACAAGAUGGAAAGCUUCGGAUACAUUCCUCAAGCCAUCGUCCUCUUCGUUCUCAUAGGCACAGCCGCUCCCCAUUUUGACACCAGUGCCGCCUCAGUCGGUGAUUCCGCCACCAUAAACGCCAACCGCGCCUCAUUCUUCGCCCUGAUAUUCGCCAGCAUCAUCGGUUUCUCCGCCAUCUCAGCCGAUUUCUACGUCUACUACCCGAAAGACUAUCCCAAGUGGAUGACAUUUGCUACUACAUGGUCUGGCAUCUGGGUAGCGUUGAUCUUCACAGAUAUCAUCGGAGUGGGAAUAGCAACUGCUGUGCCCAAUAUCCCGGAAUGGACUGCCGCGUAUGAGAUUUCGUCUGGCGCUUUAAUUCUGGAGUGUUAUCAUGGUCUAGGUGGAUUUGCUGGGUUCUGCGUCGUGAUUCUUUCGCUUGGUGCUAUUACACAGAAUGCGCCAUGCACGUAUAGUGCCGCCUUGACGAUCCAAGUUCUCGGUCGUUAUGCUGAGAGGGUUCCUCGCUGGGUUUGGUGUGUUUUGAUUACUAUUGUUGAGCUUGUCCUCUCCGUUGCUGGUCGUAAUGUUCUUUACACCAUCUUCCAGAACUUUCUCCCGCUCAUGGCAUAUUGGAUCUGUCCAUUCCUCACGAUCGUUCUUGAAGAGCACGUCCUCUUCCACAAGAUCCCUAAAAAGCCAUUCGACUGGUCAAUCUAUAACGCUCAAGAGAAGCUUCCCAUCGGCUACGCAGCUCUGCUAUCGUUCCUCAUUGGGUUUGCCGGUGCUAUUGUCGGAAUGUAUCAGAUCUGGUAUACUGGUCCGAUUGCAGCUAUGCUGGGUGGCUAUGGUGGUGAUAUUGGAGCAUGGCUGUCCAUUGGAUUUGCAGGUUUGGUCUUCCCGCCAUUGAGGUGGCUGGAGUUGAAGAAGUUUGGGCGGUAAAGUCCGACCCCAACUCCUGCCUCCAUACAUAUCAUUCGUCUCUCUUGGCGAUGCUAUCAUCAAAAUGUCUACGGAAACCAAAGUUUUAAUGCUUCGGAUAAAGAGUCUUGUACCUAGAUUGUUCACCCUUCCUUUGUCAUAAUGCUGAG